CCUGUCUUUCUAGUUUCCGCUAAUACGAGCUAAAAAAACAAAAUCCACUGCAAGAAGGUUUUAGCGAUCUCUCAUUUUCAGACAGCAAUGUCCGUUUUGAUAAAUCCGUGAAUUCUGAGAGAAACCCAGUUGAGGAUUUGCGAAAAUGGGUGGUGGGAUUUCUCUGCGUUCGGCUUUCUAUUCGGGAACUGGUCGGACCAUAUUGUUUCUCUUGCUACUCAUGGCUGCCUCCUUCUUCGCCGGCACUCUCUUCGGAAAUCAAGCCCCCAUUUACGUUUCUCAGCUUACCUCCGACAAUAACAAUAAUAAUUCUUCUUCUUCUCUUGAUUUUUCUCAAGGUGCAGGUAGUUCCACAUUUCCAAAUAGAAUUUCCCUUACUUACCGACAAACGCCAAUUGUGAUACCGGAUACUGGCUUGGAUGUAUGCCCGUUGGCAUUCAAUGAGUACACCCCCUGCCACAACGUUUCUUAUGUGAAACAGUUGCAAAACUUAGAUCUUUCUAGAAGAGAAGAGCUUGAGAGGCAUUGUCCUCCACUUGAAAACCGCUUGUUUUGCUUGGUCCCGCCACCGAAUGAUUAUAAGAUACCAAUAAGAUGGCCAACCAGCAGGGAUUAUGUCUGGCGAAGCAAUGUGAAUCAUACACAUCUAGCUGAAGCCAAAGGUGGGCAAAAUUGGGUGCAUGGGCAGGGUCAACUAUGGUGGUUCCCUGGUGGUGGUACCCAUUUCAAACAUGGUGCACCUGAAUAUAUCCAGAGGUUGGGAGAUAUGAUAACAAAUGGAACAGGCAAUUUGCGUUCUGCAGGGGUGCUUCAAGUUCUGGAUGUUGGGUGUGGCGUUGCUAGCUUUUCAGCUUAUCUUCUUCCCUUAGAUAUACAAACAAUGUCUUUUGCUCCCAAGGAUGGCCAUGAGAAUCAGAUUCAGUUUGCUUUAGAGCGAGGAAUUGGUGCAAUGAUUUCUGCCAUAGCCACAAAACAGCUUCCAUAUCCUUCUAGUUCUUUUGAGAUGGUUCACUGUUCAAGAUGCCGCGUCGAUUGGCAUGAGAAUGACGGCAUUCUAUUGAAAGAAGUCGACCGUCUUCUGCGACCUAAUGGAUACUUUGUUUAUUCUGCUCCACCUGCUUAUCGAAAAGACAAAACUUAUCCAAUGAUUUGGGAGAAAGUGGUGAACAUAACGUCGGCAAUGUGCUGGAAACUCAUUGCUCGACAAGUUCAGACGGCAAUCUGGAAAAAGGAAGAUGAUCAGUCAUGCCUUCUGCGUAAUGCUGAUCAAAGUAUUAUAGAUGUGUGUGAUGCCGUGGACGAUUCUAGUCCAUCGUGGAAUACACCACUGAGGAACUGUGUGCAAGUAAGGGGUGGACAAACGCAUUUUCAGGAACUUCCUUCUAGACCGGAGCGUCUAUCAGUGUACUCAGAAAGUCUCAGCAAAAUAGGUAUUGGUCCCGAGGAAUUCACUUCAGAUACUACCUUUUGGCAAGAGCAAAUUGGUCACUACUGGAUGCUUCUGAAUGUCAAUGACACAGAAAUACGAAAUGUAAUGGACAUGAAUGCUUUUUGUGGUGGAUUUGCUGUAGCCUUGAGCACGUCACCUGUUUGGGUUAUGAGUAUAGUUCCUGUGAGCAUGAAGAAUACCCUGUCUGCCAUUUACGACCGUGGUCUGGUUGGUGCUUUUCAUGACUGGUGUGAACCAUUUUCAAAUUAUCCAAGAACUUACGAUCUGUUGCAUGCCAAUCAUCUCUUCUCUCACUAUAAGAACCGGGGAGACGGUUGCUUAAUGGAGGAUAUCAUGCUGGAGAUGGACCGUAUAGCACGGCCUCAGGGUUUUAUCAUAGUUCGAGAUGAUGAAUCCAUCACUUCAAGAAUCAAAGAUCUUGCUCCCAAAUUUCUAUGGGAGGUUGAAUCACACUUGCUGGAGGAUAAAGAAAAGAAGAAAGAAUCUGUGUUAAUAUGUCGAAAGAAGUUCUGGGCAAUCGUCUGAAAUCGAGCACCAUGAGAGCUUUGCCACUAGAUAAGUUUUCUCUUCUAGCUGUGCGGUUCUUGAAAACUAAAUUCGUCUCUCCCCUUGUAUCUUCUUAUGCUUUUUGUUGUUAUAGGAUGAAAUGAGCAAAGUGUCAUUAUAACAUCUUGUGUAAAUGUGUAGAAACAUUUUCAUCUAUUUUUUUUUUAAUUAUUUUUGACUUGAAUAAUGUAUGUUCACCAAUA